GGCGGCGGCUGACGGAGGCGGAGAGUUGGCCGGGACGCGGGGCUGCUGGAGGCAAAGGCGGCGAGGAACGGGGGAGCCGCAGCGGUUGUCACCACGGCAGCCCGUGAGAGCCUUUAGGAACCUCUGAGGGAAAGCCAAAGGGGAUGGAGCUGUGGACAGGAACCCCAGGUUGCUGGGCUAUUGGCCUGUCAGAGACUGUCAGAAGCGUGUGUCAGUAGAGCAUCCCACCCCUGAAAAUGCUGGAAGAAAAACCAAUGGUCCCCUUGAUGAGUCUUCAGGGAGUCAAACACAGGGAGGAACUGGCAUGCAGGAACAGGCACUUACACAGGCAGACGUCCAAGACAAGAAAUUUCCAAGGAAAUGCUAUUUCUUACAUUGAUGAGAAUGUAUGGAAAUCAUACCGUUGGACUGAGAAAUUAAUUCUCAGUGAAAAUCAUUUGACCGAAUUACAUAAAGAUUCAUUUGAAGGCCUGCUAUCCCUCCAGUAUUUAGAUUUAUCCUGCAAUAAAAUCCAAUUUAUUGAAAGACGUACCUUUGAAUCACUACCAUUUCUGCAGUAUGUAAAUCUUGGUUGCAAUUUAAUCACUGAACUGAGCUUUGGAACGUUUCAGGCGUGGCAUGGAAUGCAAUUUUUACACAAGGUAAUUCUCAAUCGUAAUCCUCUGACAACUGUUGAAGAUUCAUAUCUUUAUAAAUUGCCAGCAUUAAAAUAUCUAGACAUGGGAACAACACAAGCCCCACUUACAACAGUCGAGAACAUCCUCAUGACAACUCUUGAGUUGGAAAAACUGAUCUUACCUAGCCAUAUGGCCUGCUGCCUCUGCCAAUUUAAAAAUAAUAUUGAGGUUGUCUGCAAGACAGUGAAGCUACAUUGUGAUGCAUGUAUAGGAAACAGCACAGAAGAUUGUUUUGAAGAAGCAAGUGUAGGAAAUGCGGAGGGAGCGCUCAUGAAGGUAUUACAGGCUCGGAAGAAGCACACGAGCACCGAGCUGACCAUUGAGCCAGAGGUAUCCGCAAAUAAAAAUGGCGUCGGCUUGUCAGGCUUCACGAGUGACCAGAUGGACUUCAAUGAUGAAAGCGAUGUCAUUAGUGCACUUAAUUACAUAUUGCCUUAUUUCUCAGAGGGAAAUCUAGAAGAUGUAGAAUCAACAUUAUUACCAUUCAUUAAACUGCUUUUCUCAAAUGUGCAGGAAGGAGAGAAGCCCCUAAGUCAUAUGAAAAACAAUACAAAGGCUCAGCCUCUUGAACCUGGACCCAGCAAUUCAGCUUACAAAAAUAAACUGAGGAAGCUCUAUUUCCUGGAAAAUUUGUUAGAUGCAGAAAUUCAAGAAAAAAUCGAUGAGGUUAAAAAGAAAGAAAAAACUGCCAUGCUUAUGCAGUCUGGCCUUUUAGGUCCCAAACUUAAACGCCAAAUCUUUCCUAAAAAAGUGGCAACUGCUGAAUCACAGGAAAAUAGCCUGACAGAGAGUGAGAGUGGAGACAGGGGGCUGAAGAAAGUGACGCUAUUCCUCAAAGGGCCCAAGCGCCUACGGAGAAAGCUCUUACAGGAGGCAAGAAUCAAGAGGAAACAGGGUACCUGGCCGACAGCGAAGAAAGUGGCCGAAGAAAGAACGCUUGGGAAACCAAUCCCGAGUGAAAUGACACAGUUUGACGUGGUGCAGAGGCCUCGGAAGUUUGUGGGAAGCUCCUUCCACACCGAGCCUUCCUUCACGCAGACGCACAAGGCUGCGGUCUCUUCUGUCUUCAAACAGUAUAUUGGCAUGCCUUCUACUUCUGCCACCUCAAAAUCCCUACCUGAGGUUAAAAAACAAUCGAAAGACAUGAGUGACACCAUUUUUGUUUUAGAAGAUGCAAAUGCUAGAGUUAAAAGUAUGGAAGCUGGUAAACCAAUUGUACAUUCUAGAAGAAAAUACCGCUUUCAUAAACCUCAUUCCCAUGUGGCCCACAGAACACCUGCGGCCAAACUAAGUCAAAAGUUUAGAAAAGAAACAGUGUUCCAUGGACAGAUGCCUGUAAAGCGGCCUCCAUUCUCUGCAGUAAGGAGCCUUAUAAAUUCCCCGUCACAUGGGGUUUUUCCACCUUCAGAAGAGCUGAGUCCUCAGGAGAAUCCUUUUCCAGAAUCACUUGCUCCUUCAGAAUCUGUUACAGAAAUCACUACUGUAUCCCCUCUAGGAAAUGGUAUUGAAGAAAACAGUUUUAUGGAAAACACUGCUAUACCUGAAGAAACUAUCUCUGAAAGUACAAAUGAUAAGAAUCCUUCCACUAUAGAUUCCACUGGGACUGCGUUCUUAAUACCGACUGUUAAACAAAUCAAUGAAACUCUGUGGGAAUACCACAACACGGGCACUGACUUACCCAACAUGGAAAAAAGCUUCACUUACCCAUUGCUCGCGUCCCCGGGUGAUCAAUUUGAAAUGCAGCUAAACCAGCAGCUCCGAUCCCUCAUCCCCAACAACGACGUGAGAAGGCUCAUUUCUCACGUUAUCCGGACUUUGAAAAUGGACUGCUCUGAGACCCAUGUGCAACUGGCCUGUGCCAAGCUCAUCUCUAGAACAGGUCUCCUGAUGAAGCUUCUGAGUGAGCAGCAAGAAGUAAAAGUAUCCAAGGCAGAAUGGGAUACGGAUCAGUGGAAGAGUGAGAACUACAUCAAGGAGAGCACAGAAGCCCAGGCUGAACAGAAAGAGCAGGAGUCAAGUGAGCUCACUAAAGGAGUUCCAGGAUAUGGCUAUAACAACAAACUCAUCUUGGCGAUAUCUGUGACUGUAAUAGUGAUGAUUUUGAUUAUAAUUUUCUGUCUUAUUGAGAUUUAUUCUCAUAGAAGAGCAGCAAGGACAGAUGUAGAAUCAGGCUCAGUCCCAAGGAGGGGCUUUUUUGACUUUCUGCAUAGGAGAUGCUCAUCGCAGAGUGAAAGCCAGGAGGGCUUUUUCUGGUUAAGGUGUCCACUUUGGCUUAGGGAUAUGUACAGACCUCUCAAUGCCACACGCAAGAAAAACAUGGCCCAGAAGCUUCAUGACAAGGAGUCUUCUGAUGAGGAAGAGAUUUACAAGAGGGAUGCAGGGGAGCACAUAUCAACAGCAACACCUGUGGAUUCGGCUGCUGAAGGUGGUGAGGAAAGUGAGACCGCGCCAGAAGGGGAGGACGAAGAGUGAUCCAGCCUGCCUAAGGCCGCCUGCAAACUGUACUUUCUAAUGUUGGCAUCUCGGCAUUGCUUGUAAGAUACUUAUUAUUCACACACAAAAAAUGUAUACAGUCUAUUGUCAAUUCUAGCCAGCUGGUAAGAAACUUAAAUGUUAAUAGUUAAAUAUUUAUACACGCAAAACAAGGGCCAGAGUAAAGAAAAGCAGGACUGAAGCCAGAGACUGUCAAGCUGGCCAACACCUCCACAAGCGGCAUUGUGGGCAGAGGACGCA